AUGGCCCCCGGGGGGGGUGGGGGCUCCCCCCCCAAAGCCUGGAACCUGGCCAGCGAUGAGGAACAGGCGACCGGGCUGGAACGGAAGGUGAUGGAGGCCAUGAACAAGGGUCAGGAUCCCUACAGCAUGUUCCGGCCCAAGCGCUACAUGGGCACCAAGGAGGACCCAAACCUCGUGCCCUCCAUCACCAACAAGCGCAUCGUGGGCUGUGUCUGUGAGGAGGACAACAGCUACGUGGUUUGGUUCUGGCUGCACAAGGGCGAGGCUCAGCGCUGCCCCUCCUGUGGUGCCCACUACAAACUGAUCCCCCAUGAGCUGCCCCACUGAGGGGGCUGCAGGACCCUCCACCCUCUCCUCCCCGGGAUGCCGGGGCCCUGUUGAACCCCCCUGAGUCACCCCAGAUAAAGAGGUUGUGUGGAGA